AUGGCCUCCUCCGCCUGCUGUUCAAGCAGGAGCCGUGAGCCCAACAGGACCCCCAGAUCACGAACCGUCGCUCUCAAGGGAAGCGCAACCCCGCCAAGAGCUCAACCCGCACACGGCACCUGGCCGGAUCGCAGACUGAACAAGAGCAACUCGGUCUGGGCGGGACUGAGCCGGAGCUUGUUUGGGCCCAUCCAGGUCCCCGACAGCCUCUCGGCUCAGCGUCCAAGUGGGUCUGCGAUCCCCAAGAGACCCGGGGUACGGAGGCGGGGGGAGCAGGAUUCGCCCUCCCCGCAGCAGCAAAAAGAAGAAGAAGAUGCGAAGGGCGCAGGAAGCAGCCCCGGGAGCAGAGCUGCAGGCAGCGCAGCGCCGCGGGCGGAGGAGCGGGGCUUGGCCGGCCGGCUGGCCAAGCGGAUCCGGUUCACGAGCUGGCCGUGGCCGGAGGAGGAGAGCCGCCUCCCGCCCGCCUGCCCGCCCUCCAUCCACAGCGCAGCCUCACUAGCAGCAGCGGGCACUGCAGCCGACUCGGCCUCGGCCUGGCUCGGCUCCAUCGCGGCCAGCUGCUCCGCGACGCGCCCCGCUUCGCUGCCUGCCUGCGCCGGGCCGGCCAAGCCAGGCCGCCGAGCGCCCCGCUCCAGCGCCCGGCCGCAGCAUGAGCCUCCGCCGAGGGCCGUCGGGGGAGAGCGCGCCCGCCCCGGUAGGCCUCCCUCCCUCCUGCCGGGCCCACCCUGCGCGCCUCCAGGGGCGCACCCGCCCAGGCGGCGCUUGCGCUCCCUUUCCGCCUUGGAAGGUGCGGGGGAGCAACAGCCGCCGCCACCCUGGGGCGUGUGCAGAGUGCUUCCGCAGCUGGGCGUGGGGUUUGAGCUGCGCGGCAAGCAAGCAAGGCUGCCGCUCCCGGCGGGAUCCAAAGCUCCCCGGGAUAGGAAAUGGCCGGGCCCAGAGUGGCAGCAGGCUCGCUCCCCAGGCAGCCGUCUCCAGCAGGCCUGGGUGACCCUGGAGGACGUCACGGUCUCUUUCUCCCCGGAAGAGUGGGCCGGCCUGGACGAGUGGCAGCGGGAGCUUCACCGUGACGUCAUGCAGGAGAACUAUGAACUGAUCACCUCGCUGGCAGGCUGCGAUAUCCGAGUGAAGGAGGAAGAGGCGUGUCCUGCUGAGGACGACAUCCAAGUGUGGGUCCUGGCGGCGGCGGCGGUGGAGGAGGAGGCGGUUCUCCAGGGCUUGAAGGCGGAGAGCGGAAGUCAGCAGCCCAGCAGGCCGCAUGGAAGGGCGGAGGGUGUGGGGUGGGAAGGGCUGGUGCCCCAGAGAGCGGCGCCCGGGGCGGAGGGCCCCCUCACCUGCCCGGACUGCCACAAACGCUUCAAGAGCCAACUGGCCCGCCUGACCCACCAGCGGGUCCACACGGGGGAGCGGCCCUUUGCCUGCCCCGAGUGCGGGCGCUGCUUCACCCAGCGGCAGCACCUGGGCACCCACCGGCGGGUGCACGGGGAGGAGCGGCCCUUUGCCUGCCCCGAGUGUGGCAGCGCCUUCCGCCUGCAGAAGCUGCUCCUGACGCACCAGCGCAAGGCCCACUCCGGGGAGCUGCCCUUGGCCUGCCCGGACUGCGGCAAGCUCUUCAACCACAAGCACCACCUCAUGACUCACCGGCGGGUGCACACGGGGGAGCGGCCCUUCCCCUGCCCGGACUGUGGCAAGAGCUUCACCCAGAAGCACCACCUGCAGACCCACCAGCGCGGCCAUUCGGGGGCCCGGCCCUUCCCCUGCCCGCAGUGCGGCAAGACCUUCAAGGACCGGGCCGGGGUCCUGAUGCACCAGAUCGUCCACACGGGCGCCAGGCCCUUUGCCUGCCAGAGCUGCACCAAGAUCUUCAGCCACAAGCACCACCUGGUGAUCCACCAGCGGGUGCACACGGGCGAGAAGCCCUUCUCCUGCCAGGUGUGCCGGAAGCGCUUCACCCAGAAGCACCACCUCCUGAGCCACGAGCGCAUCCACACCGGCGAGCGCCCCUACCACUGCCAGCAGUGUCCCCGCAGCUUCAAGGACAGGAUCACCCUCAAGCUGCACGUGCGCCUGCACACGGGGGAGAAGCCCUUCUCCUGCGCCCGCUGCGGGGAGAGCUUCCGGCUGCGCAAGGCACUGCUCUCCCACCAGCGGGCUCAUGACGCCCCCGCCCAGGUCAUCUGCACAGAAUGUGGCGAGAGUUUCCCGCGCAUGCGCAGCCUGGCUGCCCAUAGGCGGCGGGUGCAUCCCAUGGCCCCAAAGGAAACGGUCUCCCAGCCCGGAUUGGCUGGUGGCCAGCUUGAGUUGCAGGCCCGUAGGGAGGGGGCCCAAGGUGACCAGUGUGGACAGGGCUGGGCUGGGCCCCCGUUGCUCCUUGGGGGCCACAGGGAGACAGGGCAGCCCGAUGAGACUCAUGCGUGGCUUGCCUUGAAAGACUCCCAGGGUGUGCCUGCUUCAAAGAUGCCAACACUGUGAAGAGUAGGUUGGCUGGAAAAGAAAAGAAAAGACACCCCUGGUCAUGUGUUCCUUCUUGGUUUUGCAGACUCCAGAGCCCGUCCUCCGCUUUGGUUCCCAUUUCCUGGCCUCGGAUUUCCACUUGAGUGCAGAACCAACCCACUCAGGAGCUCAGAUUGCUCAGCUUCCAGUGGCGUGGGUGUGUGUUUGGGGAGGGGGUCCUUUUGUGGAUCUAGGGAGUGCGCUGGAAAUCCUGGUGCUCCCACUUUCUGUGGGGUGGCAGUGGGGGGUGGGGAUAAGGCUUGUUGUAUUUCUGUGCCCUUUCCCCGUCAUUAGCAAGAUGGACGCCCCCAAGUGCCCUUUUAGCUACAAAGAACUUUGGGUGUGACUGAAGUUCCACCCUGCUGGCUGCUAAAGUUCCUUUUACAGAAGCCCGAGGAGCAGAAAUUUAGCAGGUGAAGCUUUUCCUGUCCUUUGCUCCACACCAGAGUGCUUUGCAGAUGACACACUGCAAUGAUGUCACGACAUGUCCGCUAAUUGUGCUUCCCUACUGCCUGUGUGUCAACAUCGCAGUCCCUGCGCUGUCAGCAAGGGGCCGUUCACAUUUCCGAUGCCGCCUUUUAGAUUGAAUCCUUCCGUUUUAGUCCUACAACGUUGCGUGUGCGUUGCAAAUACAUAGCUGUAUGUUCCCGUUGUAGGAGGGUUGCACAAGGCAUUUGUGUUUUCACAAUGAUCCUGCCAAGCAUUUUACUGCUGAACAGCGCGUCAUCUGGAAAGCACCCAGGAAUGCCUCACCUGUUGGAUUUCUGCUUCUUGGGUUCCUGUGAAAAGCAGGCAGGGUCAAGGGAAGAGGAGCAGGGUCAGGGCAGGGGGUAGGCGCUUGCGAGGCAGAGUGGCUGUUGCUUUGUGUGGCACAUUCACAGGUCCAGGCAGGCAGGGGCCCAGGCCAACCAGGGAGUUUUACGCACAGCAGGUUUUACUGCGAGUUUACAGGGAGGCUUUACUGCAAACUCGAAGUUAUCCCCCCAAACCGCCGCAAAUAGUGGAUUUUUUAACCCCGGAUAUAAAUCGGGCUACACUCUUAAUGUGCAGUGAAAAACCCAAAUUGUGUGUGAACUGCUCCCCAGUAACUCACAGGGACUUCGGGGUAAAUCUGGCUGAAAUGUGAAUGCACCCCUGCUCCAUUCCGGAGGAGAGGUGAGUGAGAGGGCUUCAAAAGCCCCAGGUGAAAAGCUUCCAGGUGAGGCGCUCCAAGUGAUUGCCGGGGCCCGAGUGUGGAAUCUGGCCAGCCCUUUAGCGGCACUGGACAGGAGCACCCACAGUGGCAGCCCGCCAGGGAAGAGGGCAAAAGAGCAGCAGCCAACGCCGAGGGAGGGUCCCAGAAUCAUAGUUUCCAUCCUUCAUGGGGGGAGAUUUCUAGUCCACCCUGCGAGGGCUCCUCUGUUUUGAGAAGAACUGCAUGAAGAACGGCGUGGCUUUCUUUGCAGAGCAAACGGAGGGGCAGGGGUGUGUGGGGCUGGGCCUCCUCUGGGGACCCCUAGCGGGUGGGCCUGCUUUGGCUUUGGCGGUUGCUUUUCUCCUGGCUGCUGGCAGUGUGAGUGUGCCCAGGGAGGCGGGAGGGAAGAGGCCCCAAAGCCGUCACAGCUCAUCCUAACAAGCCAGGGAGAUGCCAGUGGAGGGGUGCCCAGGGAGGGAAGCGCAGCUGCCACUGCUCCCCAGCAGUAGUGGGAAGACCUGCAGACCUGCCGUCCAUCAGGUAGAGCUAUGGUUAAUUGUGCAGCUCUACCUGACAGCUGACCAGCCUGCGGGCAGCGCAGCUCUCGGGUUGGAGGCAGAGGAGCACCUUGAGCUGCCGGGGAGCAGAGGCAGCUGCGCCUCCUUGGAGGACCCCCUGGGCUCCUUAGGCAGAGCUGCUAGUGCCCCAAAGAAUUAAGGUCGCCUGUGUGGGGUUCAUAGGAGGUGGGGCUCAGCUGGAAGGGCAGGAGGGCAUGUCCGCCACCUCCCAGGCUGGGCUCCCACUUUGGGGUUGUGCAGCAAAGGUGAGGACCUGGGAACAAAACGGCAGAGUGGCCGGAAAGGUGGGCUGUACACGGGCAACGGAAUGUGCGCUUUUCUUGUGACCAUCAUUUUGGACUCUUCGGUCCGGCUCUUCAGCGGAAAAGUCCUCCAAGCCGUUGACGUUGCAGAAGGAAUAAGUGCCCCAGAGGGACCCCUCUCCCUGGGAGCCGAGGGUGCUGUGCUGGGCCCGGCAGAGAGCAGCCUUCUCCCCCGGCUAACGAGGAGAGAGCCCCUUUGGCCGGCUAGCGGGGCUGAAGCCGUGUGAGCUGGGGGCAGGAGUGGCGUGCCUUGGUGGGACGCGAGGCCGCUCGCACUUCCUUCCGAGCUCUACACGCCCAGCUGCAUCGCUCAGAGCCUCACUUGCCACUCGGCUCGCGCCUGCCAAGGCUGAUGGGCAGCUGGGUGGGGAAGAGGAAUGGGAGACCACCUGUGAGCCCUGGAAGACCUUCCCCUCAGGAUGGGGCCGCUUGGGAAGAGCACCUCCAUGCCGAAAGGGAGGCCGAGGGAGCAGGAAGUGUCUGCACACACUGGACCGGUGGGAGGAAGCAUGAACGGUCCCCUUUGCUAAGCAGGGCCCACCCUGGUUUGCAUUUGGAUGAGGGACUGCAAGUCCUUCCCCUUAGGGGAGGGGGCCACAGCUCAGGGGAAGAGCCCCUGCCUGCUGGCAUGCAGAAGGUGCUGAGUCCCCUCCCUGGCAGCAGCUCCAAGAGAGGGAGGAGGCAAACUUUUGCCUGCAGUCUUGGAGGAGCCGCUGCCAGUCUGGGUGGACAAUCCUGAGCUGGAUGGACCAGUGGUCUGACUCAGUAUGUGGCAGCUUCCUCUGUUCUUCUCCUGGGGUGCUUUUAUGGGCAGAGGUCAGUGUAGGAGAAGGGGGUAGUGUAGCUGUGCCCUUGACGCGACUGUGUCCUUGGUGGUUUCCGGAAACCUUUGAGAAGAUGCCCAGUGCCAUGAGAGAGUGGCGUCUUUUCCGCACACAGCCUGCUUGGCUCAUCUCCUCUCUGCUUUCACUCGCUCGGCACGGUGUGUCUCCCCUGCUUCCUUGAAGCUCCUUCCCCCCCCACACCCCCUUGGCCUCCCUGGCCUGCAGAAGCCCGGCCCUGGCUUCUGGGGGCAAAAUAAAGCGAGUCUUUUGUGAA